AUGCCGAUAGCUGAUGAACUCCUGGCUGUUUGGACACGUCAAAUCAAGCCUCGACUGAGUGCUGUUUUGCAACGCAGUAUUCCCUCUGGGACAUGCGUCCAGGAGUUUAUGAUGGCUGGGAGGAGGCCAGAUGCUCUAAAGCCUAUGCUGGUGAUCACCUGUGGCAAUAUAAAGAUCAAAAAGUUAGUUGAGAAGAGUUUCAAAAGCCAAGGAUGGCUUCAACAGCUGCUGAAGACGCAUCAUAUCGUAUUUAUCGCGCUCGUAGCGGAAGCAUCUGAAAGUUCCGGUCCAGCGUCGAACGAGGUUGACACGGUGAGGUGCGAGGACGCCUAUACAGUACAGAGCCUGCCGUUCGGAAUCGCAACAUCGUGCGGAUUGGAGCUCCUUAUAGCCGGCGACCACAGUCAGCCCCGGCAAAGAUGCACAUUAGGAGGCCUUCUCGUUGUGAAUGGCAAACUUUGGGGCUUGACAGCGAGGCACCCGUUUCACACGUCGGUGCGCAAGCUCUGGGCUCGAGAUCAGUUGGAAGCGGACUGGCCAGAGGAAGAUUCCCAGGAAGAUGAAUGCAGCACGACAGCCAGCGAGCCUUUCGUCUUUAAUGAUGAUGAUGAUGACGACGACGGUAAUGGCGACGCAGACGACGAUUCCAGCGCUUCGUCCACUAUGCCGCUUCAAGACAAAGGCGACCUUCCUCUCAGCUCUGUUGAGGGAGCACCUGACGAAAACUGUGAAGGCUCAAAUCCCAUGCGCUUGACCAAGUUCAUAUCCACGAGAUACUACCUGCCACACAGCGCCAUUUUUUCGCCAUUUUGGAUGGAAAAUCAUUCGUCUGCCGAAGAAGCAAGGAUAGACUACGACUGGGCGCUGCUAGAUCUUCCGUCGGCCGUCAGAGCGCUGCCGAACAAGAUUGCUCACAUUGAUCACCGUCACGACAUCCUCAUUGACGGAACCAGGUCUAUUGCGACCUCGGGGGAAGUGACCAUCGCGGUUACUCUUGGUAUCGGACCACAAUUAGGGUAUCUGCAUUCUUCUCCUGCCACAUUUAUGGUCGACGGUUUGGUGCGGGAGGUGCACCUGAUAACGUUGGAGCGUAUCCUGCCCCUUGGCAGUUCUGGCGCUUGGGUACUCCGCGGAGACAAACUGUACGGGUAUAUUGUCGCAGUCCGGCAGGACGUUCCGUGGGCUUACAUGACCGCCAUCGAGCCCGUCCUCGAGGACAUCCGAAAAAAGCUCAAAACCGAAGACGUACGACUCCCAAGAGCCGCCGAGGUUGCAUCUCUUAUCACUUCUCCUGAAUUUCCAGUUGUCGACGUGCCCAAUGAAGUUGACGGAGACGCUUUAACAACCACUUCAGAAUCCCAAUGCAGCAUGUCACUACCUGCCGAGCGUUCAAAACAUCCUCUCAACGGGAACAAUCACCAAGAAGACGAGACUGUUGAAAAGAAGUCUCGCGGGAGACCUCCAAGCAGCUGGGAGCUUGAUCAAGCAUGGCAACGUGGCCGGGCCAGACAACGGCACGUCGCAACCUCGGGCUGCGCCACGGCCUACAAACCCGUUCAGCCAUGCUCUAUCCCGCCUAGACUACAGACCAUACCCCCCAUAUCAUAA